AUGAUCCUGCUCCUACCGUCUUGCGCAAGCCCUUUAUUGAGCCUGCGCCUGCGCCUGUUCAUCCACGCUUUUCCAAGUUUACCUCAUCAAAAUGAUUUGUCGAGUCCCAGGUCUUGUCCUUCUCCCGCUGCACCUAUCACUCUUGUCAACGACGAUCCCAUCGAAGACCAUGUCGAGCGUAAGCAGUUCAUUGAUGACAAGCUGAACUCAAUGCUCGGCUCUGAGCGCAUGAACCUCCGAUCUCUUACCUCGGGGAAUUCUGGUAUUGAUCCUGUUACUGCGCAGCAUAACGAAAAAAUUCGUCAAAUCGCCGAAGAGCGUCAGCGCCAGGCCAACGUUGAGAAGGCUGCGCGUUCAAAAUUUUCGAUUCUUCUCAAUUACUAUCGGGACCGAGUCAAUUACCGUGACAUUCCUGGCCUGGUAGCUGUUAUGAUGAGCCAGAUUUUGGAAUCAGCUUUUGCUACCACCAAAGAGAUGAAGGAGAAGAUCCCGCUUGAAGAGCAGGGCUCAGCUGAGUUACAUAAUGCGUUGCCGUUGAUGCGUCUCGAAGGGGUCUUGUCGUGGCUUCUCAAGCAGCCGAACCUGCCCCAAGACUUCCGAACCCCUGGUCAAGCCAUUGAGGUAACCUGUAAGUAA